AUGGCAUGGAAACUUGCUGCCUUCCUCAAGAAUGUCUGGGUUAGGGAGCCAAUGCUGGUCAUGUCCAUUACCACCAAGGGCCUUGCUAUUAUUCUGUCCCCCUUCAGUCCCUACACCAAGUACACCACCAUGAUCAACCAAGUGACGCCCUACAUCUACCCAGUGCCUCUCCGAGAUGAUGGGAAUAAGCCCGUCAUGCCCAGCCACCCCUAG